ACUUACUCCUAGGAGGUGGUAGGUAACAAACAAGUAAUAAAUCUGGUUAGUUUCAGUUUCACCAUGGAUGGAGUUCAAAUGGUUUGCAUUUAUGGGUUUGGACUAAUGAGUGGAUGUUUUGAGUUCAACUUUUCUCCAAUAGAAGGACCACCCGGACCCCCUGGUCCACCAUUUCCUCCGGGUCCUCCAUUUCCUCCUGGACCACCAGGCCCACCGACAUCAUUUCCACCUGGACCACCUGGACCACCAGGCCCACCAACAUCAUUUCCACCUUUUCCUUCAACUAGUCCCCCUCCACCACCUUUCCCUUCAACUAGUCCCCCUCCACCACCAUUUGAUUGCAAGUGCGGACAAGCCAAUUCCGGACCUGAAGCCAGUUCCGGACGUCAAAAUGUCUUUAGUUAUAUUAAAUUGGUUGAGAUUUCCUUGGCUGCUUUGGUAAAAUCUCCCGAUCUAUCAGCCUUAGACAAUCUACCAUUUUGUGGAGCAACUCUCAUCAGCGACCAGGAAGUUUUGACAUCAGCCAGCUGUUCAAAAUCCCAUCUGAUGACAUAUGUUGUGCUGGGACAAGAUGAUUGGAAUAAUUCAACAGCUGACGAGCGCGUGCAUGGUGUUUGCGGCAAAAUAGAACACCCCCUUCAUGUCCAGUUCGAGGAUUAUGAUGAUUAUGAUUAUGCUAUACUUCGUCUCUGCCACCCUGUCACCUUCUCUAAGACGAUAUUACCAGUCUGUCUGCCCGCCGUCAGAGGUCAAGGAACUCACCUGGAAAAUAAGGCGACCAUUAUAUCUGGUUGGGGUAUAUCAGAAUCUGGCUUUAAAUCAGCAACCGCCACAGAAGCACAGGUAACAACUUUGCCCAACGAGGAAUGCUGCAAUCCAGAUUCUACAAAAUACGACUGCGCCACUAUUACGGAUAGAAUGAUUUGUGCUAAAUCUUCUGUGGGUUUUUGCCAGGCGGAUUUGGGAGGUCCUCUAACCAAAAGGAAUGUUGUGAAUGGCUCACAUCAAUUGGUUGGCAUUGUAUCUCGUGGAGCAAACUGUUUAAAGGAUUAUCCUGCUGUUACAGCUCGUAUCACUAAUCAACUGGAUUGGAUUGAAUCCAACAUGGUUGGGGGGACCUGCCCUGCCGCCUAAUCAGCUCAGCUGAUAUGGGGGGGGGGUGUCUGCCCCCAGCCCCAACUGAUCAGGGUGGUGGGAAAUAUAACCUUUAUAACCAGCUCAUGACCUGACCUAAAAACCAGCUCUUGAUUUGAUCGGAGGCUAUUGACCUCCCUGAUAAGAUUGGAGGCCCCUGACCUUCCUGAUAAGCUUCGCUGAUCGGAGGCACCCCCUAUAAAAUUUGAAACACUAACAUUCGAAGAUUAGCGCUGUUUUCUAAUGUUAGUUUUAAUUUUCACAUUUAUUUG